CGUAAUUUCGAGUCGUCAGGAUGAGCGUUCGAGCGUCCGCACGAGCGGCCGAUGCAGCAGCCAAAAAGGCCGCUUCCACCACGUCGAUGGCAGCUCCUCAAGGCCAGUGGGUUUGUCUCAUGCCGGAAGCGGUUGUUGCUCGUGAAGGAUCGACCUCGCUGGCGACCAUGCCCCACCCGCGGACAGCGGAAUCUGCACGUUAUGUGGUUGACACAGCGCCUGACGGCAAAGUCCAACUCUACGAGCUCCAAUCGUGCGACAGCCAACCCCGCUCCUGGUUUGUCGGCCAAACAGUGCAACAAGACGGCAGGUUGUUCGUUUCAACCUUGAUCGACCCAUUGUUCCUCGCACUCGGAAUACUGACUCGGUUAGAUAGUAAAAUGUUCCUCGACAUCACCCAAGCGCUUGACGUCCAAGACUUUCCUGCCACUCGCGUACUAAGCACAUGCAUUAGCCCGCAGUCUGCUGAGCGAAUCUGUGAUGUCAAAGACUUGGGAGGUCUUGUGGUGAUUCGCCUCAACCAAGAGCGCGCGGACAACUGGUUGCAGGGCAAAGUGACAAGGCUGGCGGCGUACUUGAAGACAACCACCGUGGCGGUCGGCUCUGCCGUUCAAGCAAGCUCUCUUCAACGAGCUGGCACUGAGGCUGACUACCUCAAGUACGCGGUUGGCAUGAUCUCCGAGUAUCUGGAUCCCACUUGCAGCGCGCGCUUGGCAGAGCGCAACGGGGUUCAACUGGUGGAAGAAAAGCGUGCAGGAAAAGCUACCCAUUCGGAGCGAUUUGCAGACGAGGACAAGGAGGAAACGCCCGAAGAAGCCGCCAAGCGUGCAAAGGAGGACGAGUUUUUCAAGUCCACGCCGAAAGCAAAACCCGCAGAGCAAGCUGAGAAGAAGGUCAAGUUAACAUCGGUGCAACGGAGCUUGGCAAAGGCCGACACGAAAGGAGUCAAGCCCAUUUCUAGCUUUUUCGGUGGUGUUGGCAAGAAAAAGUAAAACGCUUCAAUUCAGCAAUACAGCAGCAGGGUUGUGGCAUUGACCAA